AGCUCCCUAAAGUUGUGUGUGUCUGUUUUCAAAGACAAAAAAUGCACUCUGAAAACAGACGGUGUUUCCUGAUCGGACGACUCUCAUAAUAAAAAAGCAACGAGGCCAUACAAAACAAUAACCAUACUCAUUAUGUUCUCGUUAAUAUUGUGCUUAGGUUUAGAACUCAAGAUUAUUCAUAACGCUAUUUACUCACUGCUCUUCACAUACAUUGUGUUUAGGGAUAAAGGUAAGGUAGUGAUUACCGCCAGCGUAAUUAAUUUGAGAUGUUGGUAGAUUUGUAUUCACGAUGGAAGCUAAAUGAACCAAUACAAUAGCAAAAAUGCAUAAACAUCCAUUGUCGUGUUUGCUUUGAAGUAUGCGUAAUCAUUGUGGUAUUACGAAUUUGUGACACACUAAAAUUGCAUCUCUAGUUCAGCAGCUGCCUUGAAGUUUUCUGCAGUCGUGUGGAACUUAACGUGCCGAGUGUUGUUUUCAGUCGGAUAGGGUCGAAUGUGGCACAAGGGUAAAACUUGUGUCCAGCGAAUGCAAUCAAGAGGACAAAGGGUCUGACAAAUUGUGCCUCCGUCAAAACGCGCUAUUGAAAGUUAAUGUCAAAUGCCCUGGCGAAUUUAGUUGAAAUUCCGCCGAGCUAGCAAGUUAUUACUGGAAAACAUGUUCAGCCUUGUGUCACGCAUGGGGACUAAGUUGCUCUCCAGACAGUGUACAGCAGCAUGCCCUUUGACAGGAUUUGAUGCCCCUCUCAGACAGAGUCACUGGUUUCCCUCAGUGAUGGCACUGAAGACGUCUCCCCCUUUAAGAGCAGAGCCCACCAAGAAGAAAAGGGUUGACCCGAGGCGUGAGCAGAUCAAGAGGGAGCGUCUCAGGAAGAAACUGAAGAAACUGGAGAAAGUGCCGCCUGAGUUCAUACCCAUCGAUGACUUCCUCACUCCAGUCAGAUACCGCGAUGAAACCAGGGUACGCACAGCUCCACAGCUGCAGUUUGAAGAGAGGGAGCACAGGGCUCUGCUCCUGAAAGAGUGGUCCAGGUACAAGCAGUCUCAACACCAGGCUGAAAUGGAUGCCAUCGGCCAGGCCCUGGAGGCUCAGAGGGAGGCUCUGGAGGAGCUCAGGCUGGAGUCGGAGGAGCUGUACUGUGCGGCUCUCAUGCCAGACCCUUCACUCCUGCCGCUCCAGCACCAAGGGCCCAGCUACACGCCGGCUAAAGAGAACUAUGAGCCCCCUGACGGCAAAUACAACGACAUCACCAAAGUCCACACCCAAUAGGAAAAUGGAGUAAGGACGCUGUUGUUGUGAACCAAUUAUAUUUGUGUUCUGCACCUGGGACCUUAAAAACAAGGAACACUGAGACCUACAUUACAUUCCUGGACAGAUAUUCAGCCCAUUCUGCAGAAACGUAGCCAUUUAAAAUGGUAAAAAUUAAAAUUAAAAUAGUUGUGGAAACGGGCAUGGCUGAAGCGGAUCGUUGGCAAGGGCUUAGUGCAGAAUGUAAAUGUGCAGGGUGCUACACACACAGGUCACAUACUCAGAACAGCACAUACUGUUCAUUUUGAUUCUGUGGAAAACUGAAAUGUGACUGUCUAAAAUUUAUGAGUAAUGGAAAAAUUGAGGAUGCCCAUUUAAAUUGCAUUUAUUGUUUAUGAUGUAAAACACACUGCGCAUGGCUGUGCAAAGGCCUGCAAUAAUAAUUAAAGAUUAAAGAUACCAUAA